AUGGCCGACCUCCCUCCUCUCCAGCCGGCGGUGGACAUGACCCGACAGCUGCUGAGGUUCGCCAACCUCAUCAGCAGCGACGUACGCCGCUACUUCGGCCCCGGGGCCGGCGCCCAGGACCCGGGCGAGGGCCCCGGCGACCCUCUCCCCGGGACCUCCAGCGGGCGGCUGCGUUACUACGACGACCUGCUGAAGAUCGCCAGGACGGAGGGUCCGGGUUCGGACGGCCGCGAGGCGACCCACUCGGGUCAGAGGGACGGAGGGGGGGCCGGGGGAGGGGCCUCGGGCUUGGGGCCCCUCGCCGAACUGUUCGACUGCAGCAGGCUGACCCAGGGGUGCAGCCAGCCCUGGGUCCGGCGGCACCUCCCGCUGAGCUUCUGGACCGAGCCCACCCCCCGCUGCUCCGAGCCCGCCCACAAAACGACAUUCCCGGCAGGGGGGACGCACACGGACCUUGACGCGCAGGAGCACUACGGCGGCUCACACUCGCACGCAGCCGAGUCGCACCCCACGCUGGACCACGCGCACCCGGACUUCAGUGACCUGCUGGCCCACUGGGACCCCCACCCGGAGCUCCCUCACGCACUGUGA